AGCUGCCCCAGACCAUAUCCACCACCCACGAGCGCCUCUUGUCCGCGGCCGUUCUGCAUCAACUGACUUAUACCAAUAUAAUUACUUCAUAAACCGAAACACAUCGAAACCCUUACCAUGUCGAGAAACGCCCAGGUCGAGGAGGUGUCCGACUCCGACCCCGAAGAGGUCGUCCCCUCCUUAGUCUCCAACGACUCGAUUAUCCGUCCAGCUGAAGUCCCAACGGCAAAUUCGACGUCAAUGCCGAUGAGACCCCCUCCCGAGAUUCGUCGCGAGAUCCCCAAGCACUACCAGUGCCUCUACCCUAUAUAUUUCGACAAGACACGAUCCCGCGCCGAGGGCCGCAAGGUGGGCACCGAGCUGGCUGUUGAGAACCCACUGGCUCGGGAUAUUGUCGAUGCGGUGCAGAUGCUUGGUUUGACGGCGGGACUGGAGCCCGAGAAGCUGCACCCUAAGGACUGGGCGAAUCCUGGACGGGUUAGGGUGUUGUUGAAGGAGGAUGGGAAGCCGACGAAUUCAAAUAUUAAGAAUAAGCAUCAUUUAUACAUCCUCGUGGCCAAGUACCUCCAAGCGCACCCGACCACCGAGCAAUCUCCAUACCGUUUGAGGCUUCAAGGACUACCGAUGCCUGAAAAGCUUCCCCCCGCACCUCCCGCCCCUCGUGGUUGGAAGAUCCCUACAAUUCUCCCGAUCCACUCCCCCGCGUACAGCGGCGGCGGCGUCAGCGACAACCCGCUCAAGGAUGCCAUGGCCGAGAUGCAGGGCAUGGGAGGAAUGCCAGGAAUGCCGCAGAUGCCCGGCAUGCCUGAUAUGGGUGCACUGAGUGCUAUGAUGGGAGGUAUGGGGGGUAUGGGAGGUGGUGGUGAACCGGCCGGCGCCAGCGGCGAGAAGAAGAAGAAGGACAAGAAGAAGGGCAAGGCAUGAUGGUCUCCAACGAUGGCGAACAUGGGAAUAAUUUCUUGCGAUCGUACUCGCACAUUUCAUAGUGUUUCUGGCUGCAUUGUACGGGCGAAAGGCGUUUAUAUUUGACCGUUAAGAGGUCAUUGAUGCUGUUCUCUGAUACCAGUGUGGAAAUCGAAAAGCUAC